GAGCAGGUGUCAGUGUUGCGGCAGAUCUCGGGAAGUGAAGGUGCCCGCGCAGCCGUCUCCCGCUCGGUGCUAGUGAGUCGGGUGGUUCGCAAUACACGAACGGUGUGUGCUGGUUCUCAGGGUCAGAAGCGGGUUCAGUGAGUGCUAAGGCUCGGUGUCGCGGAGGUGACGUUGGCGGUGUAUGCAUUGUGUGAUCUCUCGUCAAGACCUGUUCUUUUCGGUAAACAAGGAUCCGUAAUGGCGGUGAGGAGGUAAACAGAACGUUGCGUUGUGUCGACUUCGAACGUCAGUCCCGGCUGCGCAAGCCUACUGCAUGCAGGAGCAUCGUCCCGGGGAGCAACAAGGUGCCAGUGCUGAUGCUUUUUGGCCAGUAAAUAGCGACCUUCAUGAUGGUGUUGGCUAGUAUGCCGGAGCAACCUGAAUCGCGCCCUCCUCCCAAGACGUUUGCAAAGCACGAUCUCGCGAAACGACGCAGAGAAGGGUGUGUCUCUGAGGGGCGCGCCAGGUCGUCCCUUCGGUGUACAGCUCUGACGGCGGCGGUGCUGGUACUGCUGCUCUUUGCACAACAGGCUAGGUGCUCGCCUGAAGUCACUGCCAAACGAGAGAAGUCUGCAGGAUUAUGGAACAAAUCCGGGCGCAGCUGCCCCAUGGCCUUCCACGAGAUCGGGGGAAGGUGCUACUUCUACGGGUACUUCCCCUUGAACUGGUACCGCGCCUCGGAGUUCUGCCACUCGUUCGGGAAGGGCGUGUCUCUUGCGUGCAUUGAAUCGGCCAAGGAGAACUUCCACAUCAAGCAGUGGCUGGGGGUUAACGGUAACCACAACACCGGCGUGUGGGUGGGCGGGUCCGACAACGGCCACGUCGGCAGGUGGGCAUGGUUUCCAACAGGUAAGCCUGGAAGUGAUGGCUCUCUUUCCUUGAAGUGACAGGUUAAAAAGGUGAUAAGAGUAAUUGAUUGAGCCAUAAA